ACUGAUCUAUGAACUGAGAAGAAGAAGAUUUGUGAUUUUAUUGUCGUGGUCUUGAUGCAAUGUUUGGAGUUUCGACUUGAAAAGUAGACAACGAGGCUGAAUUUAUAAUAUUUUCACAUUAUCGGGCUAAGAGAGUGUCGAGGUAUGGAUGGUGCUCACAUGUCUCAGAGCUGCAAACUGUCUCUGCCCUGCUGUGUCAGUGGGGGGUCGCUGCUGAACCCCAAGACCCCACAGAUAGGUGGGGUCAGAGUUCAGCUCGAGAUGCAUGCACUCUGGCAGCAGUUUGACCAGCUGUGCACCGAGAUGAUUGUUACCAAAGCUGGAAGAAGAAUGUUUCCAACAUUCCAAGUGAGAAUCUCUGGGAUGGAUCCGACUGCGGAAUAUGUUUUACUCAUGGACUUCAUCCCUGCUGACGACAAAAGAUACAGAUAUGCGUUCCACAGCUCCUCCUGGUUGGUGGCAGGGCGAGCAGAUGUCGCCGCUCCGAGCAGGAUGCAUUUCCAUCCCGACUCACCUGCGCGUGGAUCUCAGUGGAUGAAGCAGACCGUCUCCUUUGAUACUUUAAAACUCACCAACAACUUGCUGGAUGAAAAUGGACACAUGAUAUUAAAUUCCAUGCAUCGGUACCAGCCACGCUUCCACGUGGUGUAUGUGGAUCCAGCACCUAACAGCCACUUAAACGCUUACAGAAACUUCGCCUCGUUCUCGUUUCCAGAGACGUGUUUCAUGGCCGUCACCGCCUACCAGAACCACCGGAUUACCCAGCUAAAGAUUGCUAACAACCCAUUUGCUAAAGGCUUCCGCACCACAGACCCCAAGGACUGGGUGGCUAUUUCCAGGCCGCUUGCAGGGGGGUGUCCACCAGAGGGCAGUACAGAGCCUCUGACCACCAAACACAGGAGCUGGAGUUCAAAGACUUCAACCAUGCAGGAGGAAACGACAACAUUCUCACUGGAACAGUUUGAACAAUUCCACUAACUUAAAGACUUCAGCUCCCACCCUGGAGAGGAGAGACGGGGACAGUUCUUGGUUCCAGGUGUACAAGAACCUCGCAUAAAAAUACUGAAUAAAAAAGCAGCAGACUAACCUUUGAGCUCAGUUUGACGUCAUUCAAAACCGUGCUGCGUAUGUGUUUUUAAAUGUACUUUGUGACAUUCCCACUAGAAUGACUUUAUAAGAUCUGUGUGCACCAUCUGACACUAACAUAUGAUAUUUACUGCUGUGGCACCACAACAAUGGCAACCUGUGCUUCAUAUUUG